AUCACAGGAUUGAGCGUGCAGUGGGGGUCUGCAAAAAAGUGGUCAGCACCUUUUCGUUCAGUUGGAAAAAAAAGAGAGAGCUGAAAAAGGCACAGAUAGACCUCAAACUGCCAGACCACUCCUUAAAGACUGAAUGUCCAACCAGAUGGGGAUCUAGGCAGGCCAUGGUUUCCAGAGUCCUUGAGCAGCAGAAGGCCAUUGCCCAUGUCCUCUCCCAAGACAAAGGAACCAGGCACCUCAUCCCCUCGUGGCAGGACAUUGAUGUCCUUGAGGCCAUCAACAAGACCCUGGGACCUUUGGUUGAAUUCACUGAUGCACUUUCUGGAGAGAAAUAUGUCAGUGUGUCUUUUAUAAAACCAACACUCCACCUAUUUAACAACUCAAUCUUGGCUGAGCAAGAUGAUGACACAGACCUCUCAAAAUGCAUCAAGAGGAGAAUACUGGAGUACCUAAAUGAAAAGUAUGGUGACUCACCAACACAAGAGUUGCUUGACAUGGCCACUGUCCUGGACCCAAGGUUCAAACUGAGAUAUGUAAGCGAGUUCAGCCAAGAGACAAUAAAAGCCAGACUGACAAUGGAAAUGAAGUCCAUCAUGGAGGCUGCAGUGAUGGGGACACCCGUUGGUAACACGGAGGUUGCUGAUGAUGGUGCAUCAAACCAAAAGAAGAGGAAAAAGGGCCUAAGCAGCUUCUUUAAGGCCCCUCACAGCACAGCUCCAGGUGCAGAACAUGCUCGUCAACUGGACCAGGCCAUAGCUUUUGAGCUUCAGGCCUACCUCCAGGCAGGGACCCUGGACACAGAGGAAGACCCACUGGGGUGGUGGAAGCUAUCACAGAACCUCUUCCCACGACUCUCCAUCCUGGCAAAGAAAUAUCUUUGCAUCCCAGCCACAAGUGUCUCAUCAGAAAGGGUCUUCAGCACUGGUGGAAAUGUUGUCAACUGCCUGCGUGCAUCCCUGAAGCCUGAUCAUGUCAAUAGGCUGGUGUUUUUGGCUAAAAACCUUUGAAAGGUUGCAGGAACCAUGUUUUGUUGAGCCAUUUUGAGAUUGUAUGGGACUCGAGCCUACUAGUUUUUAUUUAUUUCUUAUAAAAGGUACUACUUUCAGUGUUUAAUUUUAUUUUUGUUCAGGCAGCAACUUUAGUUAACAUACCUCAA